GAACGCACCAAAACCGGAAACUGGUCAAGAUAGUAAACAAUGCAGACCCGUAUACGUCUCUAAAUCAAAUAUGUCAACUGUGGUUACCGUUUGAAUACAAAAAACAUGGUUGAGUGUUUGAGGAAAAUGUCUAAAGGAGAGAUUCUGAGAGGAUUUGUGACUGAGAGGCUCGCCGCGGCCACCCGGGAGAUCAUAGCGGUUGUUGACAGAAUCGUAGCCGGCUACGAGGAGGAGGCUUCGGGUUACCGAGAGGAGAUAGACCGGCAGAGGAGCCAGCUGGAGCUUCUGCAGGCUCAGGUCACACCCGACAAAACAGGUGUGAAGAGCAGCAGGAGUCUCGGCCCUGUUGAGGAAGAGGAGGAAGAGGAGGAGGAAGAAGAGGAGGAGGAUGAGUCCCCUCAGCAUCCAGGAAACCUGCAAGACUCAACUAGUCAAACUCCAUCAAGCUCUUUCAGCCCUAGACAUCGCUGUAAGAAGAGAAACCCUGACGGGGGUCAGACCAGCACCACGCAGACCAACGUGGAUCAGACCAACGUGGGUCAGACCAGCACCACGCAGACCAACGUGGGUCAGACCAGCACCACUCAGACCAACGUGGGUCAGACCAACGUGGGUCAGACCAGCACCACUCAGACCAACGUGGGUCAGACCAACGUGGGUCAGACCAGCAACACGCGGACUAACGUGGUCCUCAGGGUCUGGAUCCUGGAGGACUCUCGGACCGAUGUGGUCUCAAACAUCGUUCUGAAGAGGUGUCCCAUGCGGAGGCUGAUGUGUCCCCGAGGCCAGCAGGAGGCCGACUUUCUGGCCCUGCUGAGGUCCUCCUUCCCCCAGCUGUCCCGGGACGACCAGCCGCCGUUUGACCUCCUCAAAUCCGACGAGAGACGGCGGUUAGUGCCGCUGGCGGCGCCGACGCUGACCGCCGAGGAGAUCCAGCGAGACAUCGGCCGCAAGCGAUGCAAGUCAGCGCUCUACAUCAGACUCAAGGGAGCUCGGGCCGGCGAGGAAGAGAUUGGUCCUCCGCCAACGAAAGACUCUCCGUCCACCGCUGCCAUGGUGACGUGUGAUGACACCAGACUACAAACGAGCAGCCCUGUUCAGGAGGUCGAAGGCAGCGGAGUAGACGCCAUGUCCGUCAGCUCAACAUCGCAACAACAAGACAUGGAAACAGAGGAAGCUGAUCACGAGGAGCGUGGGAUAUCAGAGCCAGCUGAAAGUAAAGAGAACGACAGCGAUGACGGUGAAAGAGAAGAAGCGAAUGACAGGGACGACGAUUGGAAACCAGACAAAAGCCACGUAAAGCUGAAAGAAAGUGACUCUAAACAGCGGCCGAAGAUGACAAAGAAACAAAAGGCCAGACGUAAGUCAAAGACUGAGAACAGUGGUGAUGUUUUCUACUGCAAAGUUUGCGGAGCUCAGCACAAAUUAGAAGUCACAUUCGUCAAACAUGCCUGGACUCACGUCGACGAUGCGCGAAGUGUCUGCGGAGUGUGCGGAGAGCUUUCGGAGUCCGCGGAGUCGUUGAAGGGUCAUCUUCAAAGUUACCACAAAACCGACGACUGCGGAGAGUCUCUCCUCAGUGUCCUCGGCCUCGAUGAGCACCUGGCUGCCCACUCGGGGGAGAGACCGUACGAAUGCGAUGUCUGCCAUGACGUUUUCGCCUUGAGUUUGUCCCUGGAGAAUCACCGCAAACUCCACGAGGCGGGCACGCCGCACAAAUGUUACACUUGCCACAAAGUGUUCGCUAAGAAGGAACACUUAAAAGCUCACUCCGUGACUCACACCAACAAAAAGAAGCAGCUCUGCGGCGUGUGCGGCAAAUCCCUCAGCGACUAUAGGUCUCUAUCCCGCCACAAGCUGACGCACUCUGGGGAGCGGCCUCACAGCUGUCGGGUUUGCGGGGAUCGGUUCAAACUUCCCGGGACGCUGAGACAACACGAGAAGAUUCACACGGACCGAGAGAGAUCGUACCUCUGCGACGUUUGCUGCAAGAUGUUCAUGACGAGCAAGCAGCUGCAGAUCCACAUGAGAAUGCACACCAACGAGAAGCCCUACCACUGCGGCGAAUGCGGCAGGGGCUUCAGCACCAAGGGACCGUUGACGGUUCACAUGCGGAUCCACACCGGAGAGACACCGUACAGCUGCUCGGACUGUGGCUGGGCCUUCAAACGCAAGGUUAACCUGGAUAACCAUGUGACGGUGCACUCAGGCGUCAAACCGUUUGUUUGCGUGACUUGUGGGAAAGCGUGCGCUCGUAAAGCAUAUUUGAAAGUCCACAUGAGAACCCACAACGGGGAGAGACCAUACAAGUGUAAACUCUGCGACAAGGCUUUCACUCAGAGCCACUGUCUGAAAACACACAUGAAGAGCCACCUGGUGGCCAACGCUGCACUGUGACACUGACAAUAAGGGAUGCCACGAUACCAGAAAGUUUGUUGUCAACAACAAUAACUGUGAAAUUCCAUGAUUCUCAAUACCCAAUUCGUUACCACGGUAAAAACAAGGGCUGGUUAUCGGUUGAGCCGUUAAGAGUGCAUGGAGAUGAUGCACUAUUAAAGGAGAACUAUGCAGUUGUUUUAGCUUAAUUUACCUUAACUGAACAGCUUUGGAGUCAUUGGAAUGGUUAUAUUACUUUUAUUCGGGUUGAAUUGGUUUCUCGCUUCUCUCCUAGCGCCUGUGAGCGGAAAAACCACCCUUGCAACUUACACAUACCACAUACCCGUCGCUACACGCCCCCAUCCAGGAACCAGCUAGCUAUAAAACCAAGGUAGCGAUGCAAAAAAGAAGCCGAAAGCUAGGAAAGCAUUGUCAGAGGAACAGAGAAAGAGGAAACAGCAGACUGACCGAGCGAGGAGUCAGACAUGCAAACGUAAGUUGCUUCUGCUAUGACAGUGCUCUAAGGCCAUUGUAGGAAAAAAGGAGAAUGUUACAUGUUAAUAAUGUUAAACAAAUGCACAUAACCAAAGGGAGAAGAUGGGAGAGUUGCUAACGAGUUUUUACGACAACGUUGCCAAAUAUCUAUUCCAAAGCUGUAGGUGGAGCUCUAUAGAGAAACCUGCGAACAAAAAGCGAGAAAACAUUAAAUAAAUUGCCAAAACUGCAUAGCUCCCCGGUUCUGCUGUGCUGUAGAUGUUCUUCUUCUUCAUGAUUUAGCAGCAGACUAAAACACUUGUAGGUGUAUAAGCUGCCCCCGUCAGGUCCAGAAGAAUUGCAUCUCCGGUACCUGCGUUACCUACAAAAACAAGUACCAGAAAUUUCGCAUCGACUGGUACAGCACCAUCUUUUCUCCUGAAUUAUUGUUUUCUUCUAUUAAAUGUAUGUAUUCUUCAAGUUAUGUAAAGAAAGGCUCCUGUACACUUUGCAAAGUUCAUUGCAUGUCACGCUGUGCGAGAUGGCUCAAAUUAAAUCUUCAAUCCGUACAAUCUCAGUUUUGAGGCUGUCAGAUGCUGAAAUUAAAACCUGGUAAACUGUAGUGUUAUGAUGUACAGUAUGUAAGUAGUAAAUAAUGAGACUGUGAGUCUACGGCCAUACAAGCGGCACUGUGAGGCUGUGCUUAACCACAGCGGUGCUUUAGAGUCCGGAAUGAGUCAUGAUGCCAUUCUUAAGAACUUACUUGUUCAAGCUUGACAAAGGGGGGAUUUAUGCUUUAUUGGCAGUGUUUUAUACAAUAAUUUUGAGUUUAUGAGAGAGAACAUUUCAAUAAUGUGGAUUACCUGGUUUAUUAACCUCCCCUCCUGCAAUAAAAAUCAGUGCCCAGCACCUUCUCCAA